AUGGCUCCAUGGAAUUCAUUUCCAUUAGAAGUCAUCUACAAAAUACUGGGUUGGUCAGCUUUUGCUUCAUGGACUUUUUGUACGUACCCUCAAGUCAUCUUGAAUUUCCGUAGGAAAAGUGUGGUGGGGAUGAGCUUAGAUUAUGAGAUUCUAAAUUUCACGAAGCAAUGGUUAUAUCUGAUAUACAACGCUUCCCUCUUAUUUAGCCCUGCAAUUCAGAAACAGUAUUUCGACAAGUUUGGUUAUCAACAGAUGAUUCCUGUAGCUGCUAAUGAUGUUGCUUUCUCAACUCAUACAGUUAUAAUGGAUUUAAUUAUUUUGUCCCAAAUUGCAACCUAUGAACGUGGAAGUCAGAAGUUCUCCAAAUAUGCCAUUGCAUUAGUUGUUGCUGUGUGGUUCAGUGCUGUUGUUUGUUUCUUCAUCGCAAUGUCUACCCACUCUUGGCUUUGGCUCAUCUCCAUCUUCAACACAAUUCAAGUAUGCAUGACAGUCAUCAAAUAUUUUCCCCAGGCAUUCAUGAAUUUCUUGAGAAAGAGCACAGAUGGAUUUAGCAUUUGGGGUAUUCUCCUUGAUUUUUCUGGCGGGGUCUUUAACUAUUCACAAAUGGCAGUGCAGUCUAUUGAUCAAGGUUCCUGGCUAAAUUUCUAUGGGAACAUUGGAAAAUUCUUGCUUUCAUUGAUAACUAUAAUCUAUGAUUCUAUUUUAAUGUGCCAGCAUUAUGUACUUUAUCCUGAUAAGAAAGGGCAUGCAUCUUCUAAAAAUUCCGAAGAAAUCAAGCAGCCUUUAAUCAAUUCAAGUCCAGCUGAUCAACAAAUUAAAGGUUCAGUAGUGUAA